AACACGACCAUGUUCGCCCUCAUCGUAAUGUCGGUCCUCCUCGGCGCCGCCUCGUUUCUGUGCGGGAUGAUACCUCUCUCGUUUACUCUCUCAAAACACCAUAUUUCACGUUUCUCCACCUUUGGCUCUGGGAUUCUCGUUGGGACAGCACUAGGAAUCAUUAUUCCAGAGGGGAUAGACACGCUUGCUGAAGCCCAUCCUACUUCCCGACUGCCCACCGACCAAGUCGCGCUUUCUCUGCUUGCUGGCUUCACUUUCAUGCUGUUUGUUGAGCAGCUUAUCGCUCCAGGGGCUCAUUCCCACCAUGGAAACGACAUUCCUCUCCCGAUUCACGCCCGAACAGGACCGAGUACCGUCGAAUUUGACGCCGACCUGGGCGAGGAACUUGAGCCUGGGGCUCCAGAGCCUCCUGGCGCGGGUUUUAUGCAAGUCGAUAUGGUUUCCGAGGAUGCGAGAUUGAGUAGAGCACGCGCGUAUCCAUUGACUUUCGGUUUGGUUGUGCACGCUUUGGCAGAUGGGCUGGCUUUGGGCGUCAGCUCCAUUUCGAAGCCCGACUCUACCUCUGACAGCCACCGCGACCUCUCUUUUAUUGUUUUUCUUGCACUUAUAAUCCAUAAAGCCCCAACGUCUCUUGCGUUAACAACUGCAUUGUUGAACACCUCCCUUCCACGACCAGACUGCCGUAACCACCUCGCUGUAUUUGCCGCUUCUACACCUGUCGGUGCCAUUCUUUCCUAUCUCUUCCUCUCGCUCUUCUCGGCUGGUUCGACACAGGCAGGCUGGACUGGCAUCGCACUCCUGCUCUCAGGCGGAACCUUUCUCUAUGUUGCCACGGUCCUCCAGCCCGUCUCACAUUCGCAUCCUCCUGAAGAAGUGGGUCCGACAACGAGCAAAGACUUGACUCCGUCCAUGCGUGUGUUGCUAAUAGCGGCGGGGAUGGUCACGCCCUAUCUCAUUGGCCAUGUUUUGCUACCAGAUGUGCAUUAA